UGUGAGAGUCUGGGUGAAACCUCCUCCCUCCCUCUAUAUACCUCUCCUCAAGGAUUUGUCACUCAGUCUCACCUCCUCCAGCUGCACAGAACUUCCCUCUCAGACUGGGAGCUGUGCAGGACGGAACACCUUGGAUAUUGCUAAGGAGACUGUGAGAGUUACUGAACAGGAGACUGGAGGCUGCAUACUGUCAGCAGCAGAGACUGGAGGAUGAAUACUGAGAUCAGCUGUCCCUAGAGGCUGUGUACUAGGAUCAGUAGGACACUGGAGGCUGCGUUUUGGGAGUAGAAUACUGGAGGCUGCGUACUGGGAGUAGAAUACUGGAGGCUGUGUACCAGGAGUCGAAAUUUGGAGGCUGCAAACUGGGAGUAGAAUACUGGAGGCUGCAUACUGGGAUCAUUAUGAUAUUGGAGGCUGUGUAACGGGAGCAGUAAGAUACUGGAGGCUGUGUACGGGGAGCAGUAAGGUACUGGAGGCUGUGUACGGGGAGCAGUAAGGUACUGGAGGCUGCGUACCGGGAGCAGUAAGGUACUGGAGGCUGCGUACCGGGAGCAGUAAGGUACUGGAGGCUGCGUACCGGGAGCAGUAAGAUACUGGAGGCUGCGUACGGGGAGUAGGAGACUGUGUAUGGGAAGCAGUAAGGUACUGGAGGCUGCGUACCGGGAGCAGUAAAAUACUGGAGGCUGCGUACCGGGAAGCAGCACUUGAGGCUGCGUACUAGGAGCAGUGAGAUACCGGAGGCUGCGUACGGGGAGCAGUAAGGUACUGGAGGCUGCGUACCAGGAGCAGUGAGAUACUGGAGGCUGCGUACUAGGAGCAGUGAGAUACCGGAGGCUGUGUACGGGGAGCAGUAAGGUACUGGAGGCUGUGAGUAGAUGUUACAUGCAAUGCCUGUGUCUGUUACCCAUCCCAGUUCCAGUAUGGCCACCGUCUAUAACUCCUCGGUUGACAAUGGGUACAUCAAGACAGUCCUGGGCCACAAGCACUUCAUGGACUUAGAUAGUUCCAGUCUGGCUCUGCCGUCAGAGGAGAAGCUGAAAACCAACAUGGUAGGCACUGCGGGAGGAAUGGACAAAGCCACGCGGUUACAGCAACAACUCCAGCUCACAAUGGCCAGAAAGAAAUCCAGCACUGCAAACGGAAGCAUUCAUCAGUCCGAAAGCUCUUACAAUCAAUCUUUUUACAACACGAUGGUCACACCAAAAUUCUCUGCAUCCUCUAUGCCAUCGCCUACCAAACAUUAUGAAAGCAUUAAGAAGGUUGUUGGAAAUGAGAACGGGUGGAAUAGAAGUCACGGAACCUAUGUCCAGUGGAAGGCUGGGUCUGACAUUACAAGCUCUCGGCACCCCACACUCCGGAGGGAGAUUUCUCCUGAAAGAAGAGCAGAUGUGACUUUAUAUGACAUCAAGAGUAAUUUGGGGACAGGCCAACGGUACACGGAGAACAAAUAUUACGGCACAUCUAAUGUACGUACUGCCCGCUCAGAAAUUGUAGGGGACAGUAAAUAUGGCAGGCCACGUCAGAGUGUCGCUAGGGGAUUGUCCCAGUUAGACGGUCGUUAUGAUUCAGUAUUUCUAACCAACGCUCUGACGAGCCCAGCUUCACCGAUCUACCAGCAGUCAAGGAAUAGCCGGAGUAUGACCAACCUCAAUGAAAGUGAGAUGUACCAUAUGCAAUCAAACCCAGUUGGUCAGGCAAGGCCUCCACCAAGGACUCCCUCAAACAAAGGUCAAACCAUGAGGUCCAAGUGGCAGCAAAGUACAGUGAGAACUGUGUACAGUGGAAGGGAGUCUGCGGGAAGUGGUGGAAUGGAUUUAGGAGGACGCAGGACUGCCAUGACAGCUGGAAUUGCUGCUGCCAGUGCUGGAGGAAUGAUACAAGGGACAGAAACUCAAGUAGGAAAUGCGCCGACAGCUGGCGAGAUUGAUAUGACACUGGACAGGGCGAUAAAUCUGUUGCUGGAUGAGAGUUCCCAGGACUAUUGGAUCAUUACUGCAGCGAGUUUCAUUCAACACGAAUGCUUCCAGAAGAUGGAAGCCAGGAGGCGGGUCUACGCCCUAGGUGGGAUUCCUAGACUCCUACGACUCCUGAACAAUGACAAUGAGGAGGUGCAGCGGGCGUCGUGUGCCGCUCUCAGAAACCUUGUGUUUGAGGACAAUGACAACAAACUGGAAGUGUGUGAACAAAACGGCAUGCCCGCGAUCCUCAGACUGCUCAAGGAAACCCGUGACUUGGAGACAAAGAGGCAAAUCACAGGUUUACUUUGGAACUUGUCAUCCAAUGACCAGCUGAAGCCUGUGCUGAUCCGAGAUGCCUUGAAUCCACUUACCAAGAACAUUGUUAUCCCCAGCUCCGGGUGGAAAGAAGGAGAGAACCCAAAAAAUGAAAUUUUAACAGAUUCAGACAUAUUCUACAAUGCCACUGGAUGCCUGAGGAAUAUGAGUUCUGCAGGCCCCGAGGCCAGGAAAGCCAUGAGGGAGUGUGACGGGCUGAUCGAUUCUCUGGUUUAUUAUGUCAGGGGGAGCGUUGCAGAUUACAAGCCAGAUGACAAGGCCACGGAGAACUGUGUGUGUAUCCUGCACAAUCUCUCCUACCAGCUGGAGGCUGAGCUAUCGGGCACUAACAUGCAGAAUAUCUACGCACAGAGUCAGGACAAUGCAGCACAUGAUAAUAAAACUAUUGGAUGCUUUGGGUCACGAAGCAGGAAGAUUAAAGAGAUAUGGCGGGACGCACCCAUAGUGGAAGAGAAGAGUAAUCCCCGGGGUGUGGAGUGGCUGUGGCACUCUAUUGUGCUGCGCAUGUACCUUUCUCUAAUUGCCAAGAGCAGCCGGAAUUACACGCAGGAAGCUUCGCUUGGUGCACUCCAGAACCUCACAGCAGGCAAUGGAAUGUUGCCAGUAGCGGUGGCGCAAACUGUGGUGAAGAAAGAAAAUGGUCUCCAGCAUAUAGGAAAUAUACUGCAUACCAGUGAUCCUGGCGUGAAGAGGACGGCUGUGUCUCUUCUGAGGAACCUGUCCCGGAAUCAGCCUCUACAGAACGAGAUGGCAAAAUGCUUAUUGCCUGACCUGGUUACACUGCUGCCAAACUCCACGCCUGACACCAACAUCGCCAACGAGACAGCAGCAUCCAUCUGCUACGUGCUGAAUAACCUGGUCUCUAACUCCUCCCAGAACGCAAAGAUUCUUCUCAGCAAUGGAGGGGUCCAGAAACUCAUCAACCUCAGCGCGAAUGACAGUGCUAUGACAACGAAGGCUGGCAGGGUGGCAUCGGUCGUGCUGUUUACCUUGUGGCAACAUCAAGAUCUGCACAGCGCGUACAAGAAGGCUCUGUAUAAGAAGACAGAUUUUGUCAACAGUCGCACAUCUAAGGCUUACCAUUCGCUCUGAUCUUGCGUUGGUACUCUGUAAAUAAACACAUCGGCGGACGCUAAAUUCUCACCUUGGAGCCCAGGGACAGCCAAACUCCGGCACCCCCUCGCCCACUGUCCGUCAGCCACUUACAAUGGAGAGUGUGGCGACAGAGCGACCAUUGGUCCUCAGACGACUAGUUUCUGGUCUGACCACUAACGUAAAACCUUAUCCAGUAUCCACAGAUUUUGUAUGUGUUUAUAAUGAAUGC